AUAUAUAUGGCUUGAUAGCCUCUCCUCAUUCGCCAAGUAUAUCACUAUCUUCUACAGCUCUUCAAUUGUCUACAAAAAAAGGAAACUGAAAAGCAAUCUAGCAAAAGCCUGAUAACUUUUAGUGUAUAUUGAGCAAACAAACAAACAAAAAGAUCGAGAAUGGGGAGAGCGCAGAUGAAGAUGAUGAAAGCAUGGAACCUGGUUCGUGUAGCAUUGCUAUGGGCGAGAAAGGGAGGAGUGUUUAAGAACAGGCUGUUGAUGUUCAAGGACCUUCCCAAGUGCGUUAAGAGCCUCCACGAUCAUCGUCACUCCGCCGCCGGCUACUUGCAUCGCCGCCGUGAUCCCUGUACCCUACAUUACGGCGAGCGCCAGUUCUCGUUUGACGAUACCCCUAUCAUCCACGUCAAGAUGCAUCGCCCUGCUUCCUUGCGCUUCAGGAUGCCUCACAUCCCCUGCAUAAACCCUCCCGUCGAUUUCGAUUUCGAUUUUGACGGGAUUAGCAACGCCGAUGCCGAUGAUCGAAUCGUGUUCUCUGAUGAAUAUGAUAAUAAUGCGGAUGAUGAUGAUCAUCAUCAGUGCCGCGACGGCGAUGACGGCGGCGAAGAAAUUGAUACCAAGGCGGAGCAGUUCAUAGCUAAGUUCUACGACCAAAUUAAGCUGCAAAGACAGAUAUCAUAUCUACGGUAUAAUGAAAUGCUUGCCAGAGGAGCCAAUUGAUCUCAUCCUAUCCCAUUUAUCGUUACUACAAUACAAAAUUCAUUCUUUUAUUGUACCAGAGGCAUUGCGGCACUGUUUGUAGAUAAAACUGAGAUUCCGAUUCCUAUUUCUGUAUUACAUUACAUACUCAUAAUAAAACUAUUUUCAUCAACUCUAUGAGAGCAUUAAAUUCUA